AUGGGGGGGCUAAAAACAUUGACAUUUGAACUGGCAAACAACAUGGAAGGGAAAAUUCCUCCAGAGAUAUGUUUGCUGAGGGAAAGUGUUGUGUUGGUCUCAUUUCGUGGACAAUUGCAACUCAAAGGGACCAUCCCCACAGAGUUUGGAUUGCUGACCAAGUUGACUGAGUUGGGGUUGCUUUCAACAAGACUUGUUGGAACAAUCCCAACUGAGUUUGGUCUGCUGCAGAGUGUCACCAGGCUCAUGAUUGCUAAUGGCCACCUUUCUGGGCACAUACCCUCAGAGAUUGGCAAGUUGUGCAGUCUAUCUGCGCUGGUGUUGACGAAGACAGAUCUAGCUGGCUCAGUGCCUAUUGAAAUUGUUCAGCUUCCUGGCCUACUGUCUCUUAUCAUUCAACAGUGUCCUGGACUGAACACAGAAGAUGCCCUCCAAGAAGUUGUUCAAAGAACACAACAGCUGGAAACACUUUCCUUCUCAAGCCGGACUCUUGGAGAAGAGGUACCAAUCCCAUCUGAAAUCGGCACUCUUACAGACCUAAAAUUCCUAAGUUUGAUGGACUGGAAUAUUCACAGAACUAUUCCAAGCCAGCUUGGAAAGUUAGAGAAGUUGGUGCGGCUGGAUUUACAUGGGAACUCAGUAUCUGGAACUUUGCCAGAAGCCUUGUUGGAGUUGACCAAUCUGAGUGGUUUAAAUCUGGGCUCCAACAAGUUGAAUGGAACACUUCGCUCGGAACUGUUUUCCAAACUCACACAUUUGCGGUCCCUUCAAAUCAAUGGCAACAAUAUCUCAGGCUCCAUUCCAACAGAAGUUGGUCUAGCACCUGGCCUAAAGACACUUGAACUGCAGAACACCAACUUAUCUGGAACGCUUCCUGAGGAGUUACUUGCCUUGGAAAAAUUGACAAGCUUGGUAAUCAUGAACACAUCCUUGUCAGGCAGAAUUGCAGAAAAACUGUGUGACAAAAUGCUCCAGGUGGAAACCAGGUGCUUUGGCAGACAGUGUUAUGGAGUCAAAAGCAAGAAUUCAAUCUGCCAGGAGACCUUCCUCUGCGGUUGCCGUUGUUCUCCUUGCCCGGUGAACUAG